UCUUACAAAUUCCAAAAACGAGACAGAUUGACAGAUGAGAAUUUGAUCCGACGCUGCAUCUCAAUUUCAAAGUGAGCAUGGGAAGACGGUGAAGCUCUGCUCAUCAACAUGGGUAUACUGGGUCUUCUUGGCUUUGCGCUCCAAUGCUUUGAUGUUCUUGCAUGGCCUCUCAUCGCUCUGCUCUAUCCUCUGUAUUCUUCCAUAAGAGCAAUCGAGACAAACUCCAUUACAGACACUCACAAGUUGAAUACGUAUUGGGUCGUCUUCUCAUUGAUCUUGCUCUUCGAACAUGUUUUUAUGAAGCUCCUAGAAUGGUUCCUUCUUUGGCCAUACAUUAGGCUACUGAUUGUCUUUGUUUUGGUGAUGCCGCAUUUUGAUGGUGCCUUAUAUGUCUAUAAACACCUUAUCUAUCCAUGCCUCUCCAUGGAACCCCAUAUUAUUAUAAACUUGUUCAAUAAGCGGAAGGAGUCCCUUCUGAAAGAUAACUUUCUCGCUGAGUUGGAAAGUUAUGUCAACAAGAAUGGACCUGAAGGUUUGGAGAAGUUUAUCGCUAGCAAGUCCAAAUUCAUGAAGCCAAAUGGUGAACAGAAAGAUAUCAAAGCUGUGCAGGUAAUGCUGAAAAAUAAGGAAGCAACUGCUAGCCAAGUUAGUCUGGCAGAGCCUAAUCUCACUAUGAAUGAAGAUAACUUUUCUUCUAGGAAGAUGAAUGAAAAAGGCAUCGAGGUUGCAGACAGAAAAGAUACUCCACCUCCAAAGAAAGUCCAGAAGGAGUCGACCACUGUCAGUGCUCUAUCAACUCAAACUGAUGCAAUUUCUAAUUCGCCUCUAGGUGAUAAUAAGCACAAGGCUACAUACGAGGCACUGGAGAUAAAUAAUGAGGCAGUGCAGAAGAUCACUUGGCCUGAAAAUCGUAUUGAAAAGCCAGAUGAUGUUGUAACAGGUAUAGAAGAUCCAGAGUCUCCUAGAGAAGUCCAGAAAGAGUGGACUUGUGCUCUCUGUCAGGUAACUACUACAAGUGAAAAAACUUUGAAUUUCCACCUGUCAGGGAGAAAACACAAGGUGGCAUACGAGGCACUGAAAGCAAAAAACCAGGCAAAAGUGCCCAAGAUUUCCCCAGCUUCAACUCAUCAACCGAACAAAGAGACAGGAAAGAGUAUCCACAGCAGUGAAUCAAAAACAAAAGGUACUGUAAAUGAAAAUGUGCGAGGCCAGAAAAGUAAUGGUCCACCUCCAACCACAAAUAAGUGCUGUAAACAGAAAGAGGAGGUAGCAGAGAGUGUUUCCAGCAAUGGCCAGAAAGGGAAAACUGCUAUACCCGUUGGGAAGGUACAAAGUCAACAACCGAAGCCAAAUGAAGUUCCAAGGGUGAAGAGCCCCAGCUUCUGGUGCGAAAUUUGUAGCUUACGCUGUCCUAGUGAGAUUGACAUGCGCUCUCAUCUUAAUGGAAAAAAGCACAAAGGAAAAUGUGCAACAACGACAGGAGAACCUAAUCAAGAUGGCAAGGAUAAAUAUGCCUAGUGGCCCUAUGUGAUACCGCAAUUGGUGAGUUUAACGGUCUCUGGUUUUCGUGUCUCAUCUAAGUUGAAGGAAUUGCUGUCAUAGUUUAUCACCAGAAAUGCAGGUUGUGGAGCGAACUCCUUGAAAAAGCAGUAGUUUCACUAGUUUGUAAUUCUGACUUUCUUUGCUAAGCAACUGAUGACAUUUGAUGCGCAGUUUAAUCAUGUUAUAUGAUCAACAUGAGUUGCAUCCCGUUUAAAGGCUUGCUCAA